AUGGCUCCUGCAGAUUGGGAAGAAAGAGAAUAUAUAGACGAUCCAAACCAGGUCAAACCGGAGGGAUAUGACUCUAUUCCGCGAGAGAUCCCUGACCCAAACGCUAAAAAGCCUGAUCACUGGGAUGAAGAAGAAGAUGGCAUCUGGAGACCACCAAAAGUUCCUAAUCCAGCAUAUAAAGGUCCAUGGAAACGAAAGAAAGUAAAAAACCCCAACUACAAAGGUAAAUGGAAGACCCCUUGGAUCGACAAUCCAGAAUUUGAAGAUGAUCCUGAUCUCUAUGUACUGAGGCCUACCAAAUAUGUCAGAAUCGAAAUUUGGCAGGUGAAGGCAGGCUCUGUAUUUGACAACAUACUGAUAUGCGAUGAUCCAGAUUACGCAAAGAAAGUGAUUGAGGAAGUCUUUGUUCAUAGGGAGGUCUGUCCGUGAUCCUUUAUCCUAUGUUAGCUGGUUCUAGCUUAUUCCUUCUUUUACACACA